UAUGAGGACUUUAGUCCUGUCUGGCAACCCGCACAACUCGAACCUGGCAACCCGAGCGCGCGCUCGAUCCGCCCCCUUCCUGCGCCGCGCCUUCCCGAACCUGCUCCAACUUCUCCAGGCUGGAGACCAAGCGAGAUCAUGUUCCUGCUGUGGACCUGGAGCUGAGCUUCAGGAGUUUGGUUCUUGGUGGAAGGAGCAUUAUUUGUGUCAGAACUCGUGCUGGUGUUGAUGACACUCGGAUCUCCAGCCCUCACGCGCAUGAAAGGGUCUUCAGGAGUUUGAGGAGAGUCGGGAUGCAGAAUGGAUCCCAAACCAGACAUCCUGCUUCCAACUACGGGCUGCACAUGGCUGAGUCCCAUCAGCAUGUUCCUGGGGAUUCCUCUGGAUCAGGUGAACUUUAUCACGUGCCAGAUGUUCGGCCUCGCUGCUGCCUUCUGGUUUCGGCUGUGUCUCAGUCCUCAGCGGGUCGGUCCAGCUGUGCGUCACGGCGUCGCUAGUUUCUUGGGGUCGUUGUUCAUUAUAUUCUGCUUUGGAUGGUAUUCCUCACAUGUCUUCGUCCUGACGCUCAUCUGUUACGUCAUCCUCCACAGAGCGAGUGCACACACUGUUCACUGGUACUCGAUGAUCGUGGCGAUGGGCUACCUCACGGUGUGCCAGAUCAGCAGGGUCUUCAUCUUCAACUACGGUAUCCUGGCCACGGACUUCUCAGGGCCGCUGAUGAUGUUGGUGCAGAAGAUCACCACUCUGGCCUUUCAGCUUCAUGAUGGAAAGUUUAGAAAGCAGGAGGAGCUCACUGUGGAACAGAGACGGCUAGCUGUAGCCACCCAGCCGUCUCUGCUGGAGUACCUGAGCUACACCCUGAACUUCAUGAGCAUCCUGGUGGGGCCGUGCAGCAACUACAGCGACUACACCGAGUUCAUCAAAGGACACCACGUCCACAACAAACUCGCACACAAACUGCAGCACAACGGCUACGACGCACAAGCAGAACCCUCGCCUGUGCAAACCGUGUGUCAGAAGCUGAUGGUGUGUGUCGGCUGCCUCUUCUGGUUCUUCGUCAUCACCAGAAGGUUCCCGAUCGGCUACAACGUGGACCCGCGGUUCAUCGGCGAGGCCUCGUUCCUCAGCAGACUAGCUUACGCUUUCGUCUCCGUCCAGGCGGCUCGGCCCAAGUUUUACUUUGCGUGGACUCUGGCUGAUGCAGUCCAUAACGCAGCGGGAUACGGAAUCAGCGGAUUGGACAAGAAUGGCCGUGUGUCCUGGGACCUCAUCUCCAACAUCCACAUCUGGGAAAUUGAGACAGCGACCAGCUUCAAAUCGUUCAUUGACAACUGGAACAUUCAGACAGGGGCGUGGCUCAAGUGCGUGUGUUACGACCGUGUACCGUAUUUCCAGACGCCAUUGACGUUUGUGCUUUCGGCGCUGUGGCAUGGAGUUUACCCUGGAUAUUACUUCACCUUCCUCACAGGCAUCCCCAUCACACUCGCCGCCCGUAUCAUUCGCAGGAAUUUCCGCCACCAUUUCUUGCACUCUCGUGCCGUCAAGCUGGCGUACGACGUCAUCACCUGGGCAGCGACGCAGUUGACCAUCUGUUACACAGUCAUGCCGUUCUUAGUGCUGGCCGUGGAACCGACAAUCGUCUAUUACAGGUUCAUGUACUUCCAUGUGCACAUCAUUAGCAUUCUGGCGAUACUCGUCCUCCCCAGCAGACCCAAGAGGCCUGAUCUCCAUGUCCAGCACUCCAACAAUAACGUGAAGGGAGAAUAAACACCCCGCCGUGUGUGUGUGUGAGAGAGACUGCAGUGGCAUGAGGGCUGCACAAAGGACGCUCUGUGUCAGUGACAAAGCGAGCUGGGCGGGAGCGUAACCGCCUGCCAUAACGCGUCCUCACUCUCGGUUCAUGAACAAACACACACACACACGAUGGUGACUGAACUAUAGAUCCGAGUAAAGACUCGACGCCGUUGUGUCAUGCCUCACUGCACUGAGCGGUUAUGAAGAAAAGAUGGACUCAUCCCAUUUUUACUAAGUAAAUUAAUUGUCAUUGUUCAACGUUUUUAAAACUUUAAACUGGGGCAGUAACGCCGGUUUGGGGCCAGAGAAUUAACUGUAAAUUAAAUGCUGUCUAAUAUGUAUUUUACACACAUCCAUAUUUAUAGGAACACCUGGACAAACUCAGUGUGGGUGAGUCUCUGUCCAUGAUGGUCUCCAGUGGAACCUGAGGUGGUCUUCUGUUGUUGGAGCCCGUCCACCUCGAGGUUUGGUGCAUGCGGAGAUGCUUUUCUGCUCACCAUGGUUGUAAAGAGUGAUGAUGAGUUCUUUGUGGCAGCUCGAACCAAUCUGGCCAUUUUCCUCUGAGCUCUCAUCAACAAGGCGUUUGUAUCCACUCGCAGAACUCACUCACUCUCUCUCUCUCUCUCUCUCUCUCUCUCUCUGACCCCAUUCCCGCUCAGUGAAAGCUGUAAAGUUUCAAUUAUUAUUCUGGAACGGUGUCCUGUGCGACUGGAAUCAAAACAAUGUUGAAAUGUUAAUCUUCCCUGAUCAACCCGAGCCCCCGGUAUCUGCACUGCACUGCUGCCACUUGAUUGGCUGAUUGGGCCACUGCAUCAACGAGCAGGUGUACAGGUGUUCCUAAUAAAGUGAACAGUGCAUGGAUGUGUGUAUCUAACUUUGUGAAUUUUGAUCAAAUACAUUUGAGUGCUACCUUUUUUAAAAAUGUAUCUUUUUGAAUAAAAAAAAAUAAA